AUGUCCGACUCACAAUUCCAACAGGGACAUUCAGUUCCGGUAACUCAUCAAGAGUUCCCUGGAAAGGAUCACAAGUUGCCCAUACGAGCCCAGUACGAUACCCUACCUACUGGUGACGGUGGGUAUCAGAAGUAUAAGGCCGCCGGCAAGCUCCAGGGAAAGAAGGCCAUUAUCACAGGUGGUGAUUCAGGAAUUGGCCGAGCGACAGCCAUCUUAUUUGCUCUAGAAGGUGCUGACUCCUUGAUCGUUUAUCUCCCCGACGAGGAGAAGGACGCCCAGGAGACGAAACGUAUCGUGGAAUCCCACGGCCAAAAGUGCCAUCUCUUCUCCACCGACUUGACGAGCAGGGAUAACUGCAAGAAAGUUGUCAUGGAAACAUUGAAGUCCUUGGGACGUAUCGACAUUCUCUUUAACAACGCCGCAUACCAAAUGGUGAAGAGUGACAUCCACGAGCUGAGCGAGGACCAAUGGGUACAUACGUUCAACACCAACAUCCACCCCUUCUUCUACCUGGCUAAAUACGCGCUACCCCACAUGAAGCGUGGUGCGACUAUCAUCAACAACGCCAGCAUCAACGCCUACAUCGGACGACCUGAUCUUUUAGACUAUACCUCGACUAAAGGCGCCAUCGUAUCUUUCACCCGGGGUCUCAGCAACCAAUUCGUCGACAAGGGCAUCCGGGUCAAUGCCAUUGCUCCGGGCCCCGUGUGGACUCCUCUUAUCCCGGCUACUAUGGACGACGAGGCGCAGAAGUCAUUUACUAGUCCUAUGGGCCGACCCGCACAGCCAAGCGAGAUAGCGACUUGUGUGGUGUUCCUCGCAUCCGCGGACAGUUCCGCCAUCAGCGGCCAGACGAUUCAUUGCAACGGCGGCACCAUUGUCAACGGCUAAGCCAAGGCCUGGGCGUGGCAUCUAUGACUCUUAUAUUAUUAUCAUGGUGAAGGUAAUUUGGGAUCCAUGAUGUUCGGACAUUGCUGAGAUUUGAUACCGAAAUGACGAGCCUUGUAAGAUAUGAAUUCUGGGAUAUAUCAGGUAGAGCUUUUCCCAACGAAUAAUGAGAUCUAUGAUAACAACCUCUUCGCUUUUUGCUGCCGUACCCUUCGCAU